AUGAAAGUUGAACAGAUCCAUUCAAAUACAAAACGUCCACCGUCAACGUUGUCUUCCUCCUGUAGACUUACAGUGAAAGGGAUGUAUCGGCAGAACUUAGGAUCAAAAUCCAAGGCACUUCCAGAGUCCUUUGCACAAUCACAAACUUUGUUGCCUUGUCGAGAAAUAAACAUGAUGUUAUCACCAAUGAAUUACUCCGCGAACUCUUUUAUGGGUGUGAAAGUUUGA